AUGAGCGGGAUUCUGAAGAUUCUGAAGAAGAAGAAAGAGCUGAUCCCGUUGAUCGGCUUCAUGGCUUUUGCUGCGACAGGAGCCACCUCCGCCUCCCUCUACUUUCUCUUCACCAAAACCGACGUCAUAAUCAAUAAGAGCGGGAACCCAGAGCCGUGGGAGAGAGUGGACCCAACCAAGCCACAAAAGCUCAUCACCAUAAACCAGCAGUGGAAGCCCGUGGAGGAGCUGCAGAACGUCAAACACAUGUUCAAGUAA